CUGCGAUCCCUCCCCGACUGUCUACUCCAGGCCCAGCUCUACCCCCAAUGGAUUGAAGCGAUCGGUGUAUCCAAUAAUCAUGAGUGUCGGGAACGGGUGCAACGGCUACUCCAACGGCUCCCGGCACCCAAUCUGUUGCUGUUGCGGCACUUCCUGUGCGCGCUCUGGCAUAUUGUCCAGCAGUCGGCGCUCAAUAAGAUGUGUGCCGUAAACCUAGGAGUAUGUGUCGGUCAGAGUCUGUUGACGUCCAACCCCUUCGGUAAUCCCAGUCCUGUCCCGCCGUCGUCCCAGACAUGCGAAGAAAUGUCGAAAUUAGUGCCAAAACUGGUCGCAUAUCUCAUCGACCACUGCCCGGACCUGUUCGGUGACCAAACCCUACGCCUAUUGGGCGCACCGGCAGCUCAGCUCAUACACCACGACGACCUACACCUGUCC